AUGUUCGUGUCGGUCUGGUACGCCAAGAAGAUGGGCCGCCGCCUCCUGGACAACGUCCGCCGGGCCCAGAGACAGCGGGGCCGGGCCACGGCGAAUUCUCCGCCUGUCAUCGUCAACACGGACACGCUGGAGGCGCCGGCGUAUGUGAACGGGACGGAGGGGGAGAUGGAGUACGAAGAAAUCACGUUUAGAACGGGUUUUCGGGGGUGUCUCCUGCAGGGUAACUCCGGGCUGGGGUUCAGCAUUGCCGGGGGGACGGACAACCCCCACAUUGGGGACGACCCCAGCAUCUUCAUCACGAAAAUCAUCCCUGGGGGAGCGGCGGCUCAGGACGGCCGCCCCAGGGUGAACGACAGCAUCCUGUUUGUGAACGACGUGGACGUGCGAGAGGUGACGCACAGCACGGCGGUGGAGGCGCUGAAGGAAGCCGGCUCCAUCGUGCGUCUCUACGUCAUGCGGCGUAAGGCCCUGGCCGAGAAGGUCAUGGAGGUGAAGCUCAUCAAGGGGCCCAAAGGUCUGGGGUUCAGCAUCGCGGGGGGUGUUGGGAACCAGCACAUCCCCGGGGACAACAGCAUCUACGUCACCAAGAUCAUCGAGGGGGGGGCCGCCCACAAGGACGGGCGCCUCCAGAUCGGGGGACAAGCUCUCCAGGUGAACAACGUCAGCCUGGAGGAUGUGAUGCACGAGGACGCCGUGGCCGCGCUGAAGAACACGUACGACGUCGUCUACCUGAAGGUGGCCAAACCCACCAACAUGUACCUCAACGACUCCUACCGUAUUCCCAGCACCUGGACAACGAAAUCAGUCACCAGAGUUACCUGGGGGACCGACUACCCCCAAGCCAUGACCCCCACCUCCCCCCGGCGCUACUCCCCCAUCCCCAAGGAGAUGAUGGGGGAAGAGGACAUACCCAGGGAACCCCGCCGGAUCAUCAUCCACCGCGGCUCGACGGGCCUGGGAUUCAACAUUGUCGGGGGUGAGGACGGCGAAGGAAUCUUCAUCUCCUUCGGGGGGCCGGCUGACCUGAGUGGGGAGCUGCGGAAAGGGGACCAGAUCCUCUCGGUGAACGGGGUGGAUCUCCGGAACGCAACCCACGAGCAGGCUGCCAUCGCUCUGAAAAAUGCUGGGCAGACGGUGACGAUCAUCGCACAGUAUAAACCUGAUGAGUACAGCCGCUUCGAGGCCAAAAUCCAUGACCUGCGGGAGCAGCUGAUGAACAGCAGCCUGGGCUCUGGGACGGCGUCGCUCCGCAGCAACCCCAAGAGGGGCUUUUAUAUCCGGGCGCUGUUCGACUACGACAAGACGAAGGACUGCGGGUUCCUGAGCCAGGCGCUAAGUUUCCGCUUCGGGGACGUGCUGCACGUGGUGGACGCCUCGGACGACGAGUGGUGGCAGGCGCGGCGGGUCCACCCCGAUGGGGAGGGGGACGAGAUCGGCUUCGUGCCCAGCAAGAGACGGGUGGAGCGCCGGGAGUGGACGCGGUUAAAGGCCAAGGAUCGGGUGCCAGGAUCGGGCUCUCAAGGUCGGGAGGAUUCGGUGUUGAGCUACGAGACAGUGAUGCAGAUGGAAGUGCACUAUGCUCGCCCCAUUAUCAUCCUGGGGCCCACCAAGGACCGAGCGAACGACGAUCUGCUCUCCGAGUUCCCUGACAAGUUCGGCUCCUGCGUCCCCCACACCACGCGGCCGAAGCGGGAGUACGAGGUGGACGGGCGGGACUAUCACUUCGUGGCGUCGCGGGAGAAGAUGGAGAAGGACAUCCAGGGCCACAAGUUCAUCGAGGCCGGGCAGUACAACAGCCACCUGUACGGGACCAGCGUCCAGUCCGUGCGCGAGGUGGCCGAGCAGGUACGGCGGGGGGGGGCGGAGAGGGGCAAACACUGCAUCCUGGACGUCUCGGCCAAUGCCGUGCGGCGGCUCCAGGCCGCCCAGCUCCACCCAAUCGCCAUCUUCAUCCGGCCCCGGUCCCUGGAGAACGUCCUGGAGAUCAGCAAGCGGAUAACAGAGGAGCAGGCGCGAAAAGCCUUCGACCGAGCCAUCAAACUGGAACAAGAAUUCACAGAGUGCUUCUCGGCCAUCGUCGAAGGCGAGAGUUUCGAGGAGAUCUACCACAAAAUCAAACGGAUUAUCGAGGAACUUUCGGGGCCGUACAUCUGGAUCCCGGCCCGGGAGAGACUUUAG